AACCUCUAAACGCUUGCAUGAUUUCAAAGAUUGCCGGUUGAAUGUAAUGUAUACUUAUCUAAUAAUAGUCCCUUCAUCUUUAUAAAUACUUGACGGAACGCAAUGUUUUCUUUAGUCAUUCUAAUAUUUUAAGCCAUAACGUGAAAUUCAGUGAAUAAUGCUAACCAGGCUCAUUAGUUACGUCGCAAUCCUCACAAUGGUCUUAGCGGAUUUCUACAGUUCGAGAUAUGAUGAUUUUGAUAUUCAACCACUAUUAGAAAACGACAGGGUACUGAUAGGUUACAGCAAGUGCUUCCUCGAUCAAGGACCUUGCACCCCGGAGGCAAAAGACUUUAAAAAAGCAAUACCAGAAGCGGUUGAAACUACAUGUGGCAAAUGUACUCCGAAACAAAAAAGUUUAAUUCGAACAGUGAUAAGAGCUAUAAUGGAUAAGCACCCUGAAGCUUGGGAGGAACUUGUUGAAAAGUAUGACAAAAAUAAGAAUUAUAGAGAGAACUUCAAAAUAUUUAUAGAAGGAAAUGAUUAAAGUGAUUUAUUAUGUAAAUUUGCCAUUUACUUUU